UUACACGUACGGGAUGGAUUAAGCUACAGUUUAGGUUGGAGCUACCUACCUUGAGGGUCGCAAUCUUGCCCCGCUAUACGUCAGAUUCGGCGGAAAGUAUGAGUCGCAAACGAGAAUUUGGACCGGUGCCUGGCUCGGUGGUAUAAAUAUUAUUGGAAGGAAUAUCUAAAUUUUACCUUUCUCAGUUUUGGUUGUGAAGCUUUUUUAUAAAGGAAUUCGAUAUUUACCAAAGACUUUUAAGAUUACUUCAGGCAUAAGUGUAGAAGAUGCCUGUAUCUACGUCCGCCAAUCCACAACCGUCCUCUGGAACGGCAAAUUCAGCGCUUCAAUUUCCGCCGAUUACGAGGGAUCAUAUAAUCAACUGUUCAUACGAUUCUUGGUUCCCUAAAUACCGCACAUCCUGUAUAAAAUCACGGAUAGUCCCACUUUCACCAGAGUUCAUAGAUUACAUUCGUGAGGAUGGCAUUGUCCUUGCCGAUGACGAUGGAGCUGAACCGGAGGACGACGAAUGGGAAUCAGCACCCUCUACAUUCCGACCACCUGUCGAAGAAGUCGAUUCAGACUCUGACAGCGAUGAGGAAGAGGAAGUGCCGAAAUUGCCGCCAAAUCAAAGGUUUCCCGAACUUCACCAGGCGAUUAAGGAUAAGAUCGCUGAGCUAGGUGGCGCAGUGGCGCCGAAGCUGAAUUGGACAGCGCCAAAAGACGCAGCCUGGAUAUCACCGCACCAGAACACAAUUAAGUGCACAAGUCCCAACGACAUAUACCUACUGUUGAAGAGCUCGAAUUUCAUCACAUAUGACCUCGAACAUGCCUUUGACAACUGCACUCCCACCAGCAACACUCCCGCUUCCACCUCCACAUCCACCUCCCCUCCCUUCAAGCCCGUCCUUGUGCUACGCUCAUACUUCAACCCGCACACAGCCAUGGAGUUCCGGUGUUUCGUCAAGCACCGGAAUCUAAUUGCCAUUUCGCAGCGCGACCUAAAUUUCUACGAGUUUCUGAAGUCUUUGCGUGCGGACAUAGUGAGCAGGAUCGGCCAGUUGUUCAACAAGAGCCUGCGGUACACGUUCCCGGACGGCAACUUCGCCUUCGACGUGUAUAUCCCCGAGGGCGAGGACGAGCCGUUGACCCGCGCCCGCCUCAUCGACAUCAACCCAUGGGCUCCGCACACCGACAGCCUGCUGUUCGGGUGGGACGAGCUGCUGGAGAUGGAGGUCCCUAAUGGCCCGGUGCUAGGGGUUAUCGGCGGGACUGAUGAGGACGUGCCGGGCAUGUCAGAAGACGAGGAUGAGGACGACGAGAGCGAAGACGAAGAUUUCGCGCCGGAGUUACGGCUCGUCGAGAAAGAGGACCCGUCGGCGUUCAACUUCAGCUCGCCGCAGUAUUCGGCGCAUAAGCUGCCGAAGGACGUGGUGGACGCGAGCUUGGCCGGAGAAGGAGGCAUGCGCGACUUCGCGCGGAAGUGGAGGGAGAUGACGGAGUAUAGGGAGAAUGUGGCGAAUUGGGAGAUGAAUGAUAAAUAGGAUACCAUAUCAAUACCGGGAUUCGGUAUGGUAUGUUACAUCUCUACCUAUGAACAGGGGGUAGAUGUCUACUCAAAAUCAACUCAUUCAUAUGCCCUCUGUAAAGCAUGGGCUGCCUAGACGUUCUCUCGUGGAUAUGAUAUUGGUAUUUACAGAUAACCAGUGUUUUGCUGAAUACAUUGAUCACACAGCUCGCUUGACACCGAGUUCAUCAAUAAGACGGAGAAUGUUAUUAACUAACAAAUUGAUCAGUUGUCAAUUGAUGAAAUAAAUUAGACAUCUUUACUUGUGUAAGUCAAAAUCUAGAAGUGUACCUUCUUUCUCACCUCCAGAAAAAGUAGGGAGAUGGAAACGUUACCAGAAGAUAGCCCAUGACGGGAAUAGGGGGCUAUAAGUUAAAGUAUUCAGUUAGUAACACUCAAUAACAAUCCUUAGUAUCCCCUGC